AUGAGCCAGUGAGGCAGCCAGGCUCGCCACAGCCCGGCACCACACUCACCACCACCACUGUGUGCCGCUCACCACCCACCCCACCCACCACCCGACACCCAUCCUACCGCACACGCCGCAGCAAGCUUCACGCUAGUACGCCUUCGGCAUAGUGUUUCCCGGGGCCGCCCACGCCGCCCAUGACCCGCUGCUGUGGUGGGCGGACUCCGGCUCUCUGCCGCCCGGCCCCCCGCCGCCCCCGCCCCCGCCCGCGAGGCCCCCUUGAGUGUCGUCGGUAACUAUGCGCUGUGGGUCAGGGACGGGCCGGGGUUAUGGUGUGUCGGCACUGUCCGCGGCCCCCCUGGCGUCCUGCCCCCAUCGCCUUCCUCCUACCACCGCUCCUACUCUCCCUCGCCCUCGCUACCACUCACAAGCCGCACACUAACACUACCCCGCCCACACUCUCGUACACACCCCCGCCACCCACUACCCAGGCCACCGUACACCACACCCACCAAUAUACCCACAUCCACCACCAACACUUCUUCGCCUUUGCCGCUGCACGGACGGCGCCCGAGCACCAGAAGGGCGAGAAGCAGUGCGCGGCGGUAGCACCUUUGGAUGUGGAGAGCAAGGAGGGCAUCCCUGAGGUAAAACUUGAGGCUAAGUGUCAGACGUGUCGCCAGGAGAACAAGGAGGAGUGUCUCCGGGGGAGGGUUCCGUGCCCUACGCUGCCCGAGGCGCUGUGCUCCACGGAAGAAGUGGAAAAACGGGAGGAAAAAAUUCGCAAAGUAACGUUAAGGUACUGCCCGCACAUGGCCCUGCACUCCGUCAUGUGCGAGGAGCAGGUGGAGAGUGUCAUAAACAGGACAUUGGCCGGGUGCUCCACGGUGGCGCGGCACCUUCAGGAGAUGGACGACAUGGUGGGUCGCGUCCUGCACCAGCAGCAGGCACUCCUCUUCAAGUACAACUGUGAGAGCAAUUACUCCAUCACACAAACUUGCCUCGGAUGUCAGGAGGCGUACCGGUACUGGGUGUGCUCGCAGCUCUUCCCCUACUACGUGGACGGCAUCAGAGUCAAGCCGUGUCGGCGAUUUUGUCACGACGUGGAGCAGAAGUGUCCUUACUUCCUCCCCAAGGAUAAACCUGUGGCUGGAGAGCCUACCUUUCUCUGUCAGGACCCGAAGAUCGGCGAGCUGGAGGAGCAAGAGUCCUCGUACGGCCCCGACUCGUGUUGUUACCACACCUGCCCUACACACCAGGUGAUGGGCGUCGUCGUCAAUGAGAUCCCGGAGCACGAGCCCCUUCCUACCCUGUGCUCCACCUGCCACAGCUCCACCUCCACCACCUCCUCCAGCACUACCGCCUCCACUACCACUACCUUAUCCUCUUCUUCCAGCAGCGGCGACGCCAGCACCUCGUCGUCCGGCUCUCCUCCGCGCCCACUAGACCAGCACAAGGCCAACCACUCACAGUGUCUUUCAAGCAGCGGCGCGGACUCUUGUUUACUUCCCUCACACCCUAGCCCGGUUUCUCCGUUAAGCAGUGCCAGCUGCUCAGUUAUAUCCAGAAAACAUUGUUGGACUCGUACAGCGUUAUGUAUAUUGUUGUUAUAUUUAGUGCGAACUCGUGUCUUGCUGCCGCGGGGGUUCACCUAGUGACUGGCGUCCAUAUCGUGUGAUGUAGGGAGUCUUUACCGGCCCCCCUCACCCCCUGACUGACCCCUUCCGCCCCUUUCCCCCUUCCCCUCUCCCGCACUGUUGUUACCGUUGAACCAGCUUUCCCUUUGGCGUGUCAAUGACUUCCUCCUUCGGUGUGUCAGUUACCUCCUCCUUCAGUGUGUCAGUUACCUCCUCCUUUAGUGUGUCAUUGACCUCCUCCUUCAGUCUGUCAGUGACCUCCUCCUUCGGUGUGUCAGUGACCUCCACUUUCAGGGUGUAAGUGACCUCAUCCUUCAGUGUGUCAGUUACCUCCUCCUUCAGUGUGUCAGUUACCUCCUCCUUCAGUGUGUCAGUUACCUCCUCCUUCAGUGUGUCAGUGACCCCUCAGUGUCCUUCCGACACCGCUGUCACACAGGUCAUUCUUCUCAAGAGCUUAUAAUAAUGAGCCAGGGUCCUUCUCCAGCAGGGGCAGGGGCUCCUCCUCCUCCUAGCCAAACCCUUUAUUGAUACCCUUUCUUCCGCUUUCCUCCGGUACUACCCUCGAAUCUCCACUCCCUGAAAUUAUAUAAUUUCCUCCCUUGAAUUUAAUUAAAACAGAUCGAGCUUUGAUGCAUGGCAUUUGGCUCUUAUGGUUUAGGCAUCCAGCUAAGCAGUUUUCUCUCCAAAUUUAACUCAUAUUUUGUCCCACUCCUCUUGCUUCCUCGGCCAAGAGGCAUUUAUUUUUAUCGUGCCAAGGAUAAUGUGUGCGCGCCGCCCCUCACUGCUUCCUGUGGCACACUGUCUCACACUCCAGGAUAUCCACUCACCCCCCUCCUGUACCGACGAUGCCUCCUGCCUGUUCACUCAACCCCUCCCGCUCUUACAUGUGUCCUCAUCUACUUAACCUGUGUUUUAUUAAGGCUCCCCCUCUGCCCCUUGCCCCUGCCUUACCUACUAAGCCCCGAGCAGCCCUCCCCUUCCCUCCUCUGGCCACUUCACGUGCCGAGUAUGCUAACAGGGGGACCCCGGUUGAUCGUAUGUGCUGGGUGAACGCCCCGACAGGUGUACCUCUUGGAUGAAUUAAGUGAAUACUUGUAAGAGAUGAAUAACUGAGUGCGUCCAGUCCCCCAGCCCUGUAGAAGGUGUGGAAAAAUGAACGAGAUUACCCAUCACCAUUUUAGAAAACAGGUGUCAUCGUCUUUUGGAAAAAAUUAAACAUAUCCUACUCAAGUUUUAAGUCUUAUACUUGCAAUAUGACUUACGCCAAAAUUCUCGAGCCCUUCUUGCUGCAACCUUCCCAAGGAUUGAAACUUCUCGUGUCUUAUAAUUAAUGGAAUAUAAAUCAACACAGUGCACUACUUUGGAUACUAGGUAAUGGUCAGUGUCAAGCCCUAACUUCCCUAAACUAAGGCAGCACAUUAAAAGAAAAAAAAAGGUGCCUGGGAACUCAACGAUUCGUGUUUUCAACCAAGCUAUUUCUUAGGUGUUGCUAAGAAGAGUUCCAGAAUUAAGGCAAGUUAGUGCGACCAUAAAGGAUUACUCUGCAAGCAAGACGAGUGGAGGCAUCAGCAGCAGCAGCAGCAGCAUCAUUAGCAGGUCCUAGCUGCAACAGUUGCAGUUUAAGGACAGACAAUCACUGUGCUAAGUUGUGCCAUACGGUCCCACACACUUCGUCGCUCCUCACCUAUUAUUUAGUCUCACUCUAAUUCCCAAUAUUUGUUAUACUCCCAGAUAUAUUUUUAGAAUCGUAGCUGUGUUGGAUAACUAUAUAAAUAAUAAAAAAUGAAAAUAUUUCACAAGGCUUGAUAAAAGUUUACUCCAGAGGUUAGACCGAACCAAUUUCAUACCGGCCACACAGAGGUUCUUGUUGUGAAGGUCUUAUCAAUUGUACGCACACUUUACAUCUUUCAAUAGAAAUAGAAAUGUGGCAAUUUAUAAUUAACUAUUUUUCCUAAAAGAUGUACUGUAAAUGCUAUAUAAUAUUUUUGAUAGAUUCUUCCAGGAAGAAGCUAUUGUCAUUGCACUCUCCUAUUGUCUUUGUUUACAAGAGAUUCUACACUUCCUGUUGUCAGCAUCGGGAACUUUAUGGUAUUUAUUUAGCAUUAUUAAGGUAUUAUUAUUAAGCAUUAUUUUACUAAUCAUCAUCAACUGUGUUUAUGAAAGUGUAUUUUAGUGUCUUAAUGUGCAACCUCAUAAGUUUUGAUUCUAUGCGAGAGAAAAACAUAACUGAAGUAACUCAUCUAAGUCAGGUUUGGUUAUUGUUUCUGGUGUUACUCUGUGUCGUGUAUCCUCUCAGUCUUCCUCCUACUCUAGUUCUCUGUCCUUAUUCUUUUUCCCUUUAUCUCUACUAGGCUAUCUUCUACCUCGUUGUCACCAGACUUCAAUUCUCGCAUUUAUCUGCCCACUUUUAAUUCCACUUUCUCGUGUUUAAACUAUAAUUUCACGCCUGUUAUCCCUUAUUAUCUUCCACGAUGAUGGCCUUGGGGUGGGCACCUUGUAUCAGUCUUAAGUAACUCUAAGGAAAGACCAAAUCCGCGGGCGAAUUCGGGUGUCACACAAUAUGUAGUUGGCUCUCAGAUAUGCACAAGCCUUCUGGCCAACUGUUUUUUAUAAACAAACUUUCCAUUUAGCUGGUGAAUGUAUACAAGCCUCCUAGUUAAUCCAAUAAUCCGACAUGAUUUUAGUCAGCAUCAUAGUUCAUAACUUGGUAACCAUAUUGUUAUUAUAACUGUUAACGCAAUUUUUAUUAUUACUUUUAGCCGUUAUUAAUACUGCAUAAAUUUAUUCUUUCUUUUAAAUACUGUAUAUGAAAAAUUAUAAAUAUUCGGAGUGUUCCGUAAUACCUUUCAUAAAUCAGGGGUGUAUUCGUGAGUCAUAAAUAAAGAUAAUGACUAAAUGACCAAAUUGUCAAUUCUCCAUAAUUUCCGAGUAACAGCACAUGACAGGUUUGGUAGGAAUGUGAUGAAACCUAUAUGGGGUGUAAAUGAAACGUCCUCUGUUGUUAGUGACGUUUAUUAACAGUAACUGUAGGUUAUGUAUAUAAGCUACUGUGCCGAGUAGCAACCCUGUAUAUAAGCUACUGUGCCGAGUAGCAUUUAUAUAUAU